AUGUCCGACUCCCCUCAAUCUCCUCCAAAGGAUGUCGACCAAGGUGCACAGUCACCCGACGAAGAGCAAAUGAAUGAUAACCAGGAUCCCCACGCCGGAGCUGGCUAUGAGUUUGAAGGUGUCAAGGAGCAAGAUCGGUGGUUACCUAUAGCCAAUGGUAUGUCUUUAUUCUUUCCCAUGUCUCACUCUUCUUUCUCCAAUGUGUCGGAGGCGUCGCGGGCGUCCAAGACGGACAAAUCUGAUGAAGUGGACGCUAACAUUCGAAAUUUUGCGCCAGUUGCUCGAAUUAUGAAGAAUGCCCUUCCCGAUAAUGCCAAAAUUGCAAAGGAAGCAAAGGAGUGCAUGCAGGAGUGUGUGAGCGAGUUCAUCUCCUUCAUUACUAGUGAGGCUUCCGAAAAAUGCCAGCAGGAAAAGCGCAAAACCGUCAAUGGCGAGGAUAUUCUAUUCGCCAUGACUUCCUUGGGCUUCGAGAACUAUGCUGAAGCUCUUAAAGUGUAUCUGUCCAAGUACCGUGAACAACAAAACCAAUCGAACCGAGAGCGCGUCAUGGAGAAUAACAACAACAACUGGGGAGGCGCCAUGAUCCCUGGCGAAAAGGCUGAACCUGGCCCAUCCGGUGCCGAGUAUGCUGCUCCUGAAGCAGCGAAUCCUGCUGAAGGCGCUACCGAUCCGAACUACAUGUAUGCUUCCCACGCCGGCCAUAAUGGA